UGGGUCAGCUAUAUAAUGUUGGACAGAACACAGUGAUGCUAAAACUUUACCGCAAGAGUCGCGUGCAAUUAUCCCCACUCCCACCAAUUUCUUCAGUCGGUUCACAGCAGCAUCCCAAUUCAGCUUGAUAACUCCUACAGGAGGUUUGGACCACCUAACCGGCAUGGGAUUACGUUGCUGAGGAAUCGAAGCUAUGAGUAGUGAUAGGCAGGGGCCAUCCUGCCGGCCCCUGCCCGGCCCUUUCCUACGUGGAAAGGGCCAUGCCUCUUUUAAUGUUUUUUUUUUUUUUCAAAAAAAAAAAAAAAAAAAAAAGUUUCAAAAUUAAAAAUUUCACCAAACCAGUUCAGAACCUCCCAUUUUUCACCAAACCAGUUUCACGAGCUUCCCCCCAAAUUUUCCCUCCCUCUCUCCAUCUACCCCAAAAUCUUCCCACCGUCGACCACCGCGUACUUCCCGCCACCGUUCGGAGCUCCGUCGUUCUUCCGGUUCCGGCGACCAGUUUCGCACGAGCACCGUCGACCACUGCCUACUUCCAUCUCCAUCUCCAUCUCCGGCCACUAGGUACUGCCAGGCGCCAUCUCCGACGACCGGCAGUCUUCCAGUUCCAGCCCUCUUCCAUCUCCGGCUGUCUUCUAGUUCCGGGUACCAUUUUUUGGUUUUUUCAGCUACUGUGACUACCCGCCUCGGAGCUCCGUCGUUCUUCCGGUUCCGGCGACCAGUUUCGCACGAGCACCACCGUCGACCACUGCCUACUUCCAUCUCCAUCUCCAUCUCCGGCCACUAGGUACUGCCAGGCGCCAUCUCCGACGACCCAUACCCAACCACCGGCUGUCUUCUAGUUCCGGAAACUUUUAAAUGGAUUUAUCGCAAUUGGACUUGAUUUCACAACACGAAGAUGAUUGUUCAUUGACACAUAUUGAACUUGAUGAUGAUUGUUCAUUGACACAUAUUGAACUUGAUGAUGUUGUGCCCAUCGAAAUGGACCCUCAAAAUGAUGGAAAUGAAAUUGUUGCUAAUGACCAAUUGAAUGAUGGUGUGGAUAAUUGUCGGUCCAAGGCCAAGCUCAUAGAUGGAGAUAAAGUUGUUGAGGAGCCUAAGAACGGUAUGCUAUUUGGCUCAAUAGAGGAAGUCGUUGACUAUUAUAGGAAUUAUGGAAAGCAAGUGGGUUUUGGUGUGACACAAAAGAAGAAGAAAAAGUUUGAAAAUGGAGAUGUACAUUACAUCACCCUGACAUGUGCUCGCGGAGGCAAAGCAUCAUCCAAUUCAAGUAAUAACCUUUGCAAGGCUAGCAAAACAAGCAAAACGGGGUGUAAGGCUACUUUGAAUGCAACGUUAGUGGAUACAUCGUGGUAUGUGACAAAUGUAAAUCUAGGGCAUAAUCACGACUUAAGCCCAGGUAAAGCGAGAUACUUUCGGUGUAACAAGAAGUUGGAUCCUGCUACGAAGAGAAAGCUUGAUAUAGAUGAUAGAGCUGGAAUCCGUACGAAUAAAAUUUAUAACGCACUAGCCGUUGAAGCGGGGGAUAUGAGAAUCUUACUUUUGGAGAGAGAGAGUGUCGCAAUUAUAUUGCGAACUCAAGACGCCUUCGCCUUGGUACAGGCGGUGCCGCAGCACUUCGUGACUAUUUCAAUAGAAUGCGGAAAGUAAAUGAUGAUUUCUAUUUUGAUAUAGAUGUGGAUGAUGAGUGUAGGCUGAGAAAUGUGUUUUGGGCUGAUGCACGAAGUAGGGCAUCAUAUGAAGAUUUUGGUGAUGUGGUUACAUUUGACACAACAUACUUAACUAACAAAUACGAAAUGCCAUUUGCCUCUUUUGUGGGAGUAAACCAUCAUGGUCAAUCAAUUCUUUUAGGGGCGGCAUUAAUUUCAAGUGAGGAUACGGCGUCAUUUGUUUGGUUGUUUGAGGCAUGGUUGAAAUGCAUGAAGGGCCGUGCGCCAAGGGCAAUUAUUACAGAUCAAGAUAGGGCCAUGAAAAAUGCUAUUAAUAAGGUGUUUCCGAAUGCCCGUCAUAGAUUUUGUUUAUGGCAUAUACUGAAAAUCUUCUGUAUAUUGAAUUGGGGGGAUUAGGAAGUACAUAACCCCAAAAGAGAAUAGACUUCGGAAGAUUAACAUAUAUGGAACAGAGAGGAUAUACAACACAAUAGGGCAUGCGUGUGUUUUAUUUACCAGAAGCCAUAUUCAAUCAAUGAGUCUCUGUGGAGAUUGCCAGAUGACAGAAAUGUAAGGUGGAGCAAUUACCAAUGCAAGAAUUUUGAGUGUUUAUCAAGCAAGAACCCAAAGCAGGGUUAUUCAAAGUGUAUCGGGUGUUUUGAAAUGGAAAAGGAAAAGCUAAAAUGGGUGACUAAUAGCUCACUUCAUGUAGAUUUUCUGAUAAAUGAUGUUUUGGCAAUCAAGCCAGGGUUGAUAAGGAUAGGUCUGGAUUUUGAUUUUGGCACAGGGAGCUUUGCUGUAAGGAUGAGAGAACACAUUGUAACAAUUGUUUCAACUGCUUUAAACCUAGGGGCUCCUUUCAAUGAGUAAA